GUUGAAUUAUUUAUUUGGCAGUCUUACUGGAACUAGUCACUGUCCAAUUGAAAAAUUGGCUAAUGGCAGGCUUUACAUAUCUAUAAUUUGUUAGGGAUAAAUUAUUAUGAAAAAGAGCAUAUAUGAAAUACACAGAUACCUGAAAACAAAAGGAUUUACUCAUGGUAUUGCACUUCAGUUCAUCGAUGGCAUUAUUCCUGUAUUAAUUGGAAUAAAAACAAGUUAUUUGGUUGAUUGUGUACUUUUAGAUCAAAAUUUUGUUCAAUCUUUUCUUGGUUUUUUAGGUUAUCCUAAUAUUCGAGCUAUAUAUUUGUCAGAGCCCAUUGAACAAACAUUCUUUGUGAAUGUAAACUGUUGGAAAGAAUACACGGAAACCAAAGAAUUAUGGCCUCUUGUAAUUGCAUUACCCCAAAAAUAUCGGAAUGAGAAGUUGGAGCAUUGUUUGGUUUGGUAUGUCAAUAGAUUGUUAAAUCUAGAAAGGAACAGGAAGAUGAUUACAGUCCAAGUUCCUGAUUUCACAUGGAGGUUUAGUUACUCUGCAAUGCAGUCAGAGGUCGAAGAGGUGUGCUCCAUUACAGCAUUAACCGGAUGCUUAUUAAAUUAUGGAGCAACUUAUCACUUUUGUUCAAGUGAUGAUUCUCAGAACAAUGGUCUAUCCAAAGAGCCAUUAAAUAUUUAUAGAUUGACAGCUGUUAUUAGCAAGAGUAAUUUUCACUUCUCACCGGUUCUUCAAUUUUCAUGCCCUGUGAAGUUUCAGCAACAAGUAGCAAUCAUUGUUGAACAAUUCAGAUUUAAUUAUCAAAAAAGAUGGGAGCGACUUACCGCUGAGGAAAAAAGCACAUGGGAAGAGUGGAUAAGUUUUCGAUAUUCCAAGCAUGCUUUAGGAAGGAUUGAGGAUAUUUCAUGGGAAUUGCAUGUAGAAACCCAUGUAGAAUCUUCAGUGGUAUUAUAAUGUCAUUGAAUCUAUCGAGGACUUGAACUUUCUUUAAAUAGAAUGCCACGCAAUGGGUCAUGAUUGAAAUCUAUUAUGAGAGUACAGAUUAUAGGUGAAAGCCUUUUAUUUCUCUAAUACUAUUAUAAUAGUUGAAUAGUUAACGCUUUUUUAGGGAAAGAUUAAGAAUUAUGAUUUCUAAACAAAAUGGUUUCAAUCUCAACGAAACUAUUUGAAAUGACUAAACUUACAAUGAACACUACUGGUCUUCUGCGUUUUUAUUCGACUUUGAAGAUCAAUGUUGCAUGCACAAGUAAACAUAAUAUGUUGUUCAAACGAAGCUGUUGGCUUACAUUUAAUUACUCGAUUAACAGAGAAUAGUAAUCACUAUAAGAGUCUGAAUAUUCUUUGCGACAUUUUAUGGACGGAGAAACCUUUAUUAUGGGAAUAGAGUGGUAAAUAGCCUAACAUCAAAAAUAACUCAAAUUGAUUCUCUAUUGACUUUUUACGAUAUAUCAAUAAAAGACGAUGCUUCUUUUUGAUGAAUUGGUC